GAUCAAUAACUGAUUUCAUUAUUUAUUUAGAUCCGGAUUAGAAGUCAACCCGAGGACCGGAUCUCAUCCGGACUCUUCUGGCUCAGCACCGGACAUGGCGCAGUCCAAGAGCCUCGGCACCCUGCGGGACCUCCAGCUGGCCCUGCAGCUGAAGGUGGAUGAGCUCCGUCAGCGAGACGCUCUGAUCGACGAGCUGGAGCUGGAGCUGGACGCCCAGGACCUCCAGCUCCACCGGCUGCAGCUGGACCAGGACUCCAAGAACCUCCAGCUCCACCGGCUGCAGCUGGACCAGGACUCCAAGAACCUCCAGCUCCACCGGCUGCAGCCUCAACGCAUGAAGAGACAAGCGAUCUCUGCAGAGCCGACGGCCAUGGACGCCACGCAGCUGAGCCACGUGACCCUGGAGAGCUACUCCAAGACCACGGAGUCCAAUGAGCUGAUCCAGAGGGCUCUGAUGGACAACGACUUCAUGAAGCAUCUGGAACACGGCCAGAUCCUCACCAUCAUGGACUGCAUGCAUCCGACCAGCCUGGCCAAGGGCUGCUGUGUGAUCCAGGAGGGGGACGACGGCUCCACGGUCUACGUCCUGGAGGAGGGGAUGGUGGAGGUGUCCAAGCAAGGACAGAAGAUCUGCUCCAUCGGCCAGGGGACGGUGUUCGGAGAACUGGCCAUCCUGUACAACUGCACCCGCACCGCCACGGUCACAGCUCUGACGGACAUCAAGCUGUGGGCCAUCGACCGGCACGGCUUCCAGACCAUCAUGAUGAGGACCUGCCUCAUCAAGCUCUCCCAGUACACCGACUUCCUGCGCAGCGUGCCCUCGUUCAAGGAGCUUCCGGAGGACGUUCUCAGUAAGCUGGCUGAUGUUCUUGAGGAGACUCAUUACAGCGACAGUGAUUACCUCAUCCGCCAGGGAGCCACCGGCGACACCUUCUUCAUCAUCAGUGAAGGGCAGGUGAAGGUCACCCAGCAGGACUCACCUGGAGGAGAACCUCAGGAGGUGAAGACGCUGAGGAAAGGAGACUGGUUCGGAGAGCAGGCCCUGAAGGGAGAGGACGUCCGCUCCGCGAGUCUCACGGCGGUGGGAGACGUCACAUGUCUCGUGAUCGACAGAGAGUUGUUCACACAGCUGAUCGGAGGUCUGGAGGACGGAAACACCAAGCAGAGCGACAUCGACGAGUUUGAGUCCAGUACUGUGGCUGUGUACUAGUACCCUGCUCCUGCAGUGUGCAGGCCGAGGCGGAGCUGUUCUCCAGAGUUUCUCUCAGUGACCUGAACAUCGUCUGCACUCUGGGGAUGGGCGGCUUCAGCCGGGUG